AUGCCUCUCCUCGACUGGAUGGAUUCAAGCUCUCUGCCUGUCUUCUGGUUCGUCACAGCAGGUAUCAGCGCAAUACUAGCCGCCGUCGCCAUGGGAGUCUUCGCCAGCAAGAACCAGAUGCCGGUCGAUGGCAAGACCAUCCUGAUCACCGGAGCCUCGGAAGGCAUGGGCAGAAGUGCAGCCCGUCUGCUCGCAGCCAAGGGUGCCAAUCUCAUAUUAGUCUCGCGAAAUGCCGACAAACUGCAAGAGUCCCUCCAACAAGCUCAAGCCGCUGCCAAGAACCCCCAGACGCAACACUUCCACAUCAUCACGGCUGACGUGUCGAAGCCCGACUACGCCCCCGAACUCGUCGCCAAAGCCGUAGCUGCGAAUAACAACCAGCCCCUGGAUAUCGUCUGGUGCAUUGCUGGGAAAUCCACCCCAGACUUCUGGGUCGAGGCUCCUCUGGCUCUCACCAGGGAUCAGAUGGACAUCAACUUUUGGGGAAGCGCUGAGAUGGCGCAUGCUAUACUACGUGUAUGGACGAGGCCCGACGUCCCCGUGGUUCCCGAGCCCAAGCACCUGGUCUUUACCUCGUCCGUCCUCGCCUACUUCCCCGUCGUUGGAUACGGGCCAUACAACCCUGCCAAGGCCGCCCUGCGAUCCCUCGCCGACACUCUCGUGCAGGAGCUGCAGCUAUACCCGCAGAAGGUCAAGGUACACGUGGUCUACCCUGGGAGCAUAUCGAGCCCGGGUUUCGACCGUGAGAACAUGACCAAACCCGAGAUCACACGUAUCAUCGAGGACGGCGACCCAGUCCAAACCCCGGACGAGGUGGCAGCCAAAGCAAUCCGGGGACUAGAGCAGGGCCGUUACAGCAUCACAGUCGCCUUCUUGGGCCAUGUAUUAAGGUGGCUCGCCGUGGGCGGCUCGCCGAGAGAGAACUGGUUCAUUGACACCAUCAUGUCAUGCAUCGUGCAGGUCGUCUUCUUCUUUGCCCUGACCGACAUAUUUGGAAAGAUCAGGAAGUUCGGCAAGAAGAACGGCCAUCCUGUCCAUUACCGGAAGAAGGGCAACUAG